AUGGACAGUUCAUCUGCAAUAGAGUUUGGGGCUGUUAUGAAAAAGGAUUGUUUUCAUUUCGAAGAAGGAGUCACCUUUAUAAAUCAUGGAUCUUAUGGCGCAGUCCCAUUGAAAAUACGAGAAAAACAGAAACAAUUAUUGGAUGAAGUAAAUGAUAAUCCCGAUGAAUUCUACCGACUAAAAGAACAUGAUCUUUAUAUGAGGGCCAGAGAUGCUGCAGCAAAAUUUACAGGGGCGGAUCCUGAAAAUUUGUUCUUUGUUCAAAAUACAACGACUGGUGUAAACAGUGUCCUGAAAUCCUUGCAAUGGCAGAAUGGUGACGGAAUCCUAACGAAUGUGUUUACCUUUAGAGGAGUUGCGAAUACCUGUCGAAGAGUGACCGAAAUUUCAUCGUGUGUACAAAUUCAUCAAUUUGAUAUAAAACUCCCCAUCAAAGAUGAGCAAGAAGUUGUAAAAAGUAUGACCGUACAACUUGACAAACAUCCACAAGUUCGGCUGGUUUUGUUAGACCACAUCACCAGCCACACGGCGCUAGUAUUCCCUCUGAAGAAAAUGAUAGAAGAGUGUAGGAAAAGGGAUGUUUUAGUUUUGAUAGACGGUGCCCAUGCCCCAGGGCAAGUAGAACUAAAUUUGGAAGAUCUCCACCCUGAUUUCUAUACAGGGAACUUCCACAAGUGGUUAUACGCACCUCGUGGAUGUGCAGUACUCUGGAUCUCAAAGGAUCACCACGACUGGUGUACACCACUUGUGACGUCACUAAUGUAUAGAAAGAACAUUCAGUUGGAAUACUUCGACCAGGGAACACGCGACAAUAUACCAUAUUUUUUAGUACCAGAUGUGCUGGAUUUCUACAAACAGAUCGGAGGAAUGGAGAAGAUCCACCAGUAUACUGGACCUCUCCUGGAGAAGGCGUGUUCCAUGAUAACAGAACGACUGGGAACUACGACACCGGAAAUACCGAAAUCAAUGGCGGCUCCCAACAUGAGAUUGAUCUUAUUACCAGAAUAUAGAGAUUAUACAGCAGAGACAGAAGUUAGCAGGGUGAUGUUUAAAGACAUAAUGACCAAAUAUAGAAUUAAUUGUGCAAUAUUCCCAGCACAUGGUCACCUCUAUCUCAGGUUAUCUGCGAACAUUUACAAUGAACUCUCCGAUUAUGUAAAAAUAGCAGACGUACUAGAAAAUUUACCCAGAAGAUGAGUAUGGACGAUAGAUGUGCAAUAUUGCUUUGUUUGGUCUUUCAGUUGCCAAAGUAACAGUACCCUAGUCCAAGAUGG